AUGACGGAUGUGGUUUCAUCAUCUAAUCAAUGGUUACCUAGUCCUAUACAAGCACUUUCACAACCAAAACAUUACACUCGAAAACUUAUUCGUCCGCCUCUAGCACGAUUAACAAAUGACAGGUCAGCUCGUGCACCAUGUAGAAUAACAUUAUAUCGUAAUGGUGAUCGAUGUUUUUCUGGUAAACAAGUAACUGUCACACCGCAUAACUAUACAAAACUUAGACAAUUGUUGCAAGAUUUAUCAGUCGCCAUCGAUUUACCCUAUGGUGCACGAAGACUAUUUACACCGCAACAUGGCACAGAAGUUACAGAUAUUGGUAGUUUGAAAGAUGGUGCUUCCUAUGUGUGCGCAGCAUAUGAACCAUUUCAAAAAUUAGAAUAUAUCGUUAAUUAUGUACCUCAUAUAACUUUCAAUAUCGAACAAAUCCGCCAGCCGUAUCAUGAUUAUCAUUCAUCAAAUCGUGUCAGUGUACGUCAUUUACCAACACUAUCACUUCCAAAAGUAGCGGUUAUUAAUGGUGCAACGAUACCACCGAAUGUAACAACAACUACAACAACAAAUCGUUUUCAUACGAAUAAUUUUUUCUUGCAAUCACUCACGGCUACAGCAACUAAUUCUAUUCAACAACAAAAGAAAACUAAUUUAAAACAAAAUAGAUAUGGCUUAGAACAGUUAAAUAGCAAGCCACGUACUAUAACAAUUGUUAAACAAGGACAUGAAAAACCACAUAAAAUAAUAAAUAUCCUACUCAAUAGACGUACAGGUCAAACAUUUGACCAGUUGCUAUCAGAUAUUUCGGAAGCAUUUGGAUAUCAAAAAAGUCGUUCGGAAAAAAUCAAACGUUUAUUUACUUUAAAAGGACGACAAAUUAGUGGCAUCCAUGAGUUUUUCCGUGAAGAUGAUAUUUUCGUUGCUUCGACAACAAACUACGACGUUCCAUUUGAAGAUCUACAAGAGAUAGGCCUUGAAAUGGGCUAUGAUUCUCAAAAUACAACAGCACGUCGACAUCAAUCGAAAAAACUUGCUCAAUCACCAGCUGAUCUCGAUACACCAAACACGCCAUUAGCUAUCGCAGGAUUAGUUUCUAUUGAUAUAAAAAAAACAGUCAACGUACGUGACAGUGGAUUUGUCGACGAUGAAGAUGUUCAAACUAGUAAAGAUAAUGAACUACUAUCAUUACGACAAACAAAUAAUAAUAAUAAUAAACAACAUGAAACCGUGUCGGAAGAAACAGUUCCAUCAAAUGAUCUCAUGAGUCGAAAAUCGAAAAAAUCAAUCAAGCCAACGUCUGUUGCCACGGUUGAACAACAGCGUGAACGCGAACGACAGCGUUUACGUGAAGAAGAAGAACGCCGAAAAAGAUUAUCAAUAAGAAAAGAUCAUCAACAGCCAGCAUCAAUUUUUUUUAUGCCCAAAUUUGAUCAAUUAGUACUUGAUAAAUAUGAUGACGAAACAUCUCGUUCAAAUAAAAUGAAAUCUCCGCCAGAAGUAAAUAAACCCAUAUCAAUAAUGCCAUUUCCACGGCCGAGCGUAGUAAAUCCGCAUGAUUCACAUGAAAUAAAAGAAUCCACAUCAACUGAAAAGAAAAAUGCAACUAAAAAACGCUCAUCAACUAUACAUUUGACACCAGCUGUUAUUACUGAUAAGUAUGAUUUAGGCAAGAAAAUGGGUGAUGGAAAUUUCGCUAUUGUACGUCGUUCAAAACUACGUGGAACUGAAAAGGAAUUUGCUGUUAAAAUAAUUGAUAAAUCAAAAAUGAAGGGUAAAGAAUAUAUGCUUGAUCAUGAAAUAAAUAUUAUGUAUUCAUGUAAUCAUCCGAACAUAAUACGUUUACUUGAAGAUUUUGAAACAUCAGAUGAAAUUUAUCUUGUAAUGGAAUUAAUUAAAGGUGGUGAUUUAUUUGAUUAUAUAACAAAGCAUCGACGUUUCGAUGAGCCAGCAUCUGCUCUAAUGAUUAAAGAUGUUUCGGAAGCACUUUUAUAUUUACAUACAAAAAGUAUUGUUCAUAGAGAUUUAAAGCCAGAAAAUUUAUUAGUUAUGCAAAAACGAGAUGGACGAAUUACAAUUAAAUUAACUGAUUUUGGUUUAGCUAUGCAUGCUAAAGCACCAAUAAAGACUGUUUGCGGAACACCUACUUAUGUUGCACCGGAAAUUCUUGCAGAAGCAGGUUAUGGUAUGGAAGUUGAUUGCUGGGCAGUGGGCAUUAUUUUGUAUAUACUUCUAUGUGGUUACCCACCUUUUAAAUCACCGGAUCGUAAUCAAGAAGUAUUAUUUCAAAUGAUUCAAGCUGGCAAAUUUAAUUAUGAAUCUGAGUAUUGGGAACCGGUUUCAGCAAAUGCAAAAAAUUUAAUUGAUCAUUUAUUAGUUGUUGAUCCUAAAAAACGAAUGCGUGCUGAUGAUAUUUUACUUCAUCCAUGGAUAAUGAGUUGUGGUCAAUCAAAACCAACGGGUAAUACGGAAGAAUUGAAAACAAUUUUACGUUUAAAAUAUGAAGCUAAAGUAAAAGAAUAUGCCAUGGAAAAUAAUGGUAGUUGA